AUGAGUGCCGUUUCUGGUGUGUUAUCACGGCAAGUAUUACCAGCGUGCGGUAGCCUUUGUUUCUUUUGCCCUGCUUUGAGGGCAAGGUCCAGGCAGCCUAUCAAGAGGUACAAGAAGCUCAUAAGUGAGAUUUUCCCCAAGAAUCAGGAAGAAGGCCCAAAUGAUAGGAAGAUCGGUAAACUUUGUGAAUAUGCGGCUAAAAAUCCUUUGCGUAUCCCAAAGAUUGCAAACUCUCUUGAGCAAAGGUGUUACAAGGAGCUGAGAUAUGAGAACUUUCAGUCUGUCAAGAUUGUGAUGUGCAUAUACAAGAAAUUGUUGAUCACUUGCAGAGAACAAUUGCCUUUGUAUGCUACUAGUUUAAUGAACAUAAUUCAUACAUUGCUGGAUCAAACGAGGAGACAAGAUCUGCAACUUACAGGAUGUGAGAGUCUUUUUGACUUUGUAAAUAACCAGAAGGAUGGAACUUAUGCAUUUAAUUUAGAAGGCUUUAUACCUCAGCUCUGUCAGUUAGCUCAAGAAGUCGGAGAAGACGAAAGAGGAGUUUGCCUACGGGCAGCUGGUCUCCAGGCUCUUUCUUCAGUGGUCUGGUUUAUGGGCGAGCAUUCACAUAUUUCAGCAGAAUUUGAUAAUAUCGUUUCAGUUGUUUUAGAAAAUUAUGGAAACCCUGAGGAUGUUCAUGAGGAGCAAGGUAACCAGAACCAAUGGGAACAAGAAGUGGUUAAAAAUGAGGAACAGGGGUCUACUUCGUCUGAGAUGCUUACCAGGGUUCCAUCUUGGGGGACAAUUGUUAAAGAAAAUGGAGAAUUGAAUGUGACGGAAGAAGAUUCCCGGAACCCCUGCUUUUGGGCUAGGAUUUGCUUGCAGAACAUGGCGAAGCUAGGGCAGGAGGCUACAAACAUACGGCGAAUUUUGGAAUCUUUAUUCCGAUAUUUUGAUAGUAGUGACCAAUGGUCUCUUGAUCACGGUCUUGCGCUCCCAGUAUUGAACGACAUGCAAAUUCUUAUGGAAAAGUCAGGGUAUAAUUCACAUGUUCUGCUGUCCAUGUUGAUUAAGCACCUGGAUCACAAAAAUAUCCUGAAAGAGCCAAACAUGCAGCUAGACGUAUUGAAUGUCACCACCUCACUAGCUCAGCAAGCAAAGGUUGAGUCUUCGAUAGAAAUUAUUGGUGCAGUUAGUGAUGUCAUAAGGCAUUUAAGGAAGAGCAUACAAUGUUCUGUUGAUGACGCUAACCUUGGGGCCGAGGUUAAGAGUUGGAACAAAAACCUGAGAGAGGCAGUGGAUAAAUGUCUCGUGGAACUGUCAAAUAAGGUUGGAGAUGCAGGUCCAAUUCUUGAAAUGAUGGCUGUAGUUCUGGAGAAUCUUUCAGCUGUUACAAUUAUUGCAAGGACCACAAUUACUUCUGUUUAUCGAACAGCUCAGAUAGUUGCCUCAUUGCCAAAUUUGCAUUAUCAAAGCAAGACUUUUCCUGAGGCUCUAUUUCAUCAGCUGCUUCUGGCCAUGGUCCAUCCUGACUAUGAGACGAGAGUUGGAGCUCAUCGCAUAUUUUCUGUUGUUCUAGUACCUUCUGCUGUUUUCCCGAGGCCAGUUUCAACUGGUCUUGAUUUAAAGAGACAAGCUGAAGUUGAAAGGACCCUCUCAAGAACAGUUUCCGUCUUUUCUUCCUCAGCUGCUCUUUUUGAGAAGCUAAAGAGGGAGAAAGCGUCAAGCAGGGAAAAUUCCUCUCAUGGACACAAAGUAGAUGCCGGCUCUGCAGGGAAAAUGCAGAAUGGGAUGCUUGACAGAUUGAGGUCAUCUGCCAACCAAGGGAAAAAUAUUGCAACUGAUGGUCCUUCAUUGGCUGAUGAAAAGUCCAUCUCCAAUUUAAAUAAGGAUGCUACUAUUUUGAGGCUCAGCAGUCACCAAAUUAGUCUCUUACUGUCGUCAAUUUGUGCCCAGUCAAUUGCUCCUGAAAAUAUGCCUGAAAACUUUGAAGCAAUCUCUAAUACGUUUAGUCUGGUGCUGCUAUUUUCCCGGGGCAAGAACUCCAGUCAUGAGGUUUUAGUACGCAGUUUUCAGCUUGCUUUUUCCUUGAGAAAUAUUGCUGUCAGCGAUGAAGUUUCUCUGGCCAUAUCACGUCGUAGGUCACUUUACACCAUGGCAAUUGCAAUGAUUCUUUUUUCAUCAAAGGCCUAUGGCAUUGUUCCGCUUGUAUCAUCUGCCAAGCUGAUACUCGCAGAAAAAAUAGUGGACCCAUUCCUACGUCUAGUUGAGGACCGCAAGCUACAAGCUGUAAGUGGUGAAACUGCUAACACCAAAGUUGCUUAUGGAUCUAAGGAAGACAGUAAAUUGGCUUCGAAAGCAAUUUCAUCUAUAAGCAUCACUGGAGAACAAAGCAAGGAAUACUUUGCUGCGGAGAUCACAAAGACCUUAUCAAAUUUGUCAGAAUCUGAAUUGUCUAUUAUCAAGCAGCAGCUCCUUGAAGAGUUCUUGAUAGAUGAUACGUGUCCGCUUCCAGCUCCAUCUUCCCGAGACACCGCUCACCAAAAUCAGCUUGAUGCCAAGGAUGACUCUUUGGAGAGUGAUGAUUUUAUUGAAUCACUGGAAGGAGUGGCCAAUCGGAAUAAGCAGCCGGCCUUGCAGAGCCAUGAUGUGCUGAGCGUCAACGAACUUCUAGAAUCUGCAUUGGAGACAGCAAAUCAAGUUGGAAGAAUGUCUGUGACUGCACCUGAUGUUCCUUACGAGGAAAUGGCGCUUCAUUGUGAGAAACUCCUGAUGGGGAAGCAAAAGAAGAUGUCUCAUGUCAUGAGUCUCCACAUAAGGCUGGGUAGCUCUCCUUUGCUCGACAAGAACUCGGCCGCGGUCCCCCAAAGACCACCGCUUAUCCCUCUUGCUCUGCAAUGUGCAACAGAGUAUCAAAAUCAGGGUAACUCUCUCCGCCUCCCAGCAUCUAGCCCUUAUGAUAAGUUCCUCAAAGCUGCUGGUUGUUAA